UCAUUUUGUGAAAUCCUAAGAAUAUCGCCAAAAUAUACUUUAUUGUCUAAAUGGAUAUCCAUAAUUCCAACGUUUCUACAACAACUAACGUACAAAUGCUAGCAUCAUCACUGGCAUCCAGUGUGGAACCAGUAAAGCGUUCUCCGCCAGCUUGCUCAUCGUCCGGAGCGGCAAAACAAUCAGCGCUCCCUCCUCCGCUGGCUCCGUUAUCAUCCGGGGCAGCAGCACAGCAGUGGGUGAUUAAACAAACUCUGCCAAACAUUAUAACGCGUUCCAUACCGCAUGUUGUUGUCGACGCCUCGGCAUCAUCGCUGUCCUUACCUUUAACAGCGCCAUCUUCCGGAGCAGCAGGACUGCCCGCAAAACAGCCGGGAUCAAUCCAGCAAUCGCUUCCUCCUCCGCUAGCUCCGUUGUCGUCUGGGGAGGCAGCGCGGUCGAUUGCACCAACUGUGCCAAAUAGUGUAACGCGCUCCACCCCUCAGGCUGCUGCGGAAGCCUCGGUAUCAUCGUUGCCCUUACCUUUGACAGCGUCAUCGUCCGGAGCGGUAGAACCGUUGGCGAUGUCUACACCAUGUACUAUUUUGCAACCAAUUGUGCCGGAUGCUUUCCGGAUAUCACCAUCCGUCGCGUUUUCUCCAUCAUCAUCAGCAGCAAACAUACCAGUGCGACAACAAGAUAAAAGGAAAGCCACAUCCAGCAUUGCUAAACGAGCUAGAAAGAGUCGUGCUAAGCGGGUGUCAAGUGCCAUCAAGCCAUCACUUGCGUCCGAAGUGCAUUCUUCGUUAACUCCGCUACCGGGUUUAGAUACCGGUCGACCAUUAAUGAACGAUCUGGCAUCAUGUGGGAUGAAACACAUCACGGGAAUUCCUGCGCCUUUUCUUCCGAUGUCUCCAUUGGGAUAUAACGAAUCGGAAAUGGUUACAACAUCGUCAGAUACCCUUUCGUCUGCAUUGCUUCUAAGCGACUCGCUAACACAUUUAUCAUUACCUAACACUGCUGUAAAUAGCAGGGCAGCUGAAACCCCCACUUGCCUAUCAGCAACUGGUUCGGACGUUUGCAAUGGUUUACUGGAAGAAAAUGAACUGUUUACGGCACAGCUCCCACACAGCUCCUCUCCAGCGACAACGCGUACACCUGACAAUGUGGACAAUCGAAUGUUGCUUCGUGAGCUACAAAGCUUAAGAGAAUUUGUUGAGCACUCAAUCCAAACGCUACAGAAAACCGUGGAGGGCAAUUUCAUUUCAUUCUACUAACCACCAACACCGUAUUGGAUAGAGUUUGAUAUCCUACUAGGAAAUGAUAGGGUGAGUUUCGGAGCAAUAGGGUGACCUACGUUUUGGUGAUGCAUUUAGAGCGGUGUAAGAAAAUUCCUGUAAAUAAAUAAGAAAAUGUAUUAAAGCUUUUUGUAUUAGAGGUAUCUUGAGGGCGAAGAAUUUUGAAGCUUAUUUUUAGUACAUUAGUACAUUUAGUACAACAAAGAAAGACUGCUUCCCGACUGGAAAUAGGGAAAUCAUGUGUAGCGGUAAUUAGCUGCGAACAAAUAAGAAAUGGUUAGAAAAGGAUAGUUUUUAUUAUUUAGGAUCAUUCCAGCCAUCUAGUGAUAAUGGCUCAGCCAUUUCAUUAAUGUCAGCUUCGUUUAGAGUUAAUGGAUAAAAACUAUCAUACAGUUUGUGACGCAGUGCAUCAUACUUUUUCGCUGGAAAAGUAAAUAAAACACAGAUAAAAGUAAACUGCUGAUAAAC